UUCUGCCAUGCGACACAAAUCUUCAGACAUUGCUUUACUAGCAUAUUCCAAAAAAAUAUCCGCGCAACUAGAUCCUGUUUGACAAAAAUUCAUUAAUAUUUGAUGUAUUGACAAACACAUCAAUUUUCGGUUUUCCAAUACAAAAUUGUGUCUGGAAAGUUGACUAUUGUAGGGAGCUAAAUACAAUAUACCCGCUAUACGUAUCUAUAUUAUAUUAUAUGUUUAAAUCCGAGACGUUGGCGUUGACACGGUCAUCAUGACGUGUUUAUAUACAUUCGACUUCGAGACAUUAGUCGGCAGUCGGUGUCGAGUCGAGAAUACGAAUAGACGAAAGACGAAAGCGACCGGCGCGACCGAAUACAAGACGUGUGCGUGACUUGCGGUAUUUCUUGUGCGAUCAAAACCGUGGCCUAAAUAUAUUCUUAUUCGUUAUUACCAUCUUUACAAUUAACACUUUGGGAUUUGAAUUAUUUUACCAUCCUAUAACCAAUCCCACAUUUGGGGGCUCAGCCGGGAUAGGCACGGAUCGCGUACAGGGAAAAUCUAAGUUCGAGAAUAGACCGUUGUCGGGUGAGAAGAUACUGUGUGUGGUGAGCAGACGGCAGCCGCACAUUUCUUGGAAGUGACGGACAGUGUCUUGGAAGACAACGUGUACAUCUCUCGGACGGAUCACACAAUCAUAGUCAUGGAGUCUACCCUUAGCGUUGCGCAACUGAAGGAAUUUUUGAGAGCUCGCGGAUUGUCCGUGUCGGGGACAAAGGCCGAGCUUCUUGCCCGUUUGACAGAAGCGGACCCGACAGGAGACUGGCGUGCGCCAAACACGAGUGAUGCUAACGACAGUGCUGGUGACGACGGCUGUCUUGAAGACGACAUGUGUCGACGAGAGGUCGAAAUCUACAGACGCGAGAAGGAGAUCGCUGAACGUGAAUUGGAACUAGCCCGUCGCGAGAUUGCGUUGCUGCGAGAAAGUCGGGAUCCAAGUCAGGCGGAUCGCGGGCGUCAGGAGGAAAUCGUGGAGCGCGGUAAUAAUUUGCCCGCAUUGCCGCGCGCUCGAUUGAAUCUAACAGCGAUUGCGGAUCUGUUGGCGGAUUUCGAUGGCAGCCCCGACGGCUUUGACGUAUGGGAGAAGCAAAUAAGGCUCCUAAAAACGACGUAUCAGCUGGACAACGAUCAUACAAGAAUUUUGGUAGGAAUGAAAUUGAAGAAGAGAGCUCUUGAGUGGUUUCACUCAAAGCCCGAAUUUAUCGGCAUGACCUUUGAUGUUCUCAUGUCCGAGCUGAGAACGAUGUUUGGCCAUCGACAAAGCAAAAUAACAACCCGGAGAAGAUUCGGAGGGCGUAUUUGGAAGAAGAACGAGACGUUUCGAGAAUAUGUACAUGACAAGGUGAUCAUGGGCAAUCGUGUACCGAUUGCGGCCGAUGAGAUAAUCGAGCACGUUAUAGACGGCAUACCUGCACACAAAAAACUGAAUCCUUAAAUCACGUAUAUUUUUAUUCUUAAACGCUGUUUGCAUUAAUUUGAGUAUGGUAUGCUCUCUUUAGCCAGAAAUGUUUAUUUACAUUAAUAAUAAAUAAGUUUGUAUGGAAUAUAUUUUAUCCUUAAUAUGGUAGUCUUGUUUCUAACAUCAUUAUAUGGUUAUAACAAGCGCAACGACAUAAUUCCAAAGUAAUUUAUUCUUGAAAUAAGAACUAUUACAUACUUGAAAGCUCAACGUAUAUCUGAAGUUCACUUGUUUUCGUGUUCGCUCUGCUCGUUAGGCUGCGUUCGUAACUGUUCGACUGUUAAACAAAGACGAAAUGAUACGCGGGGCACUCGGAUGUUUCCGAACCCAACCUUAGUAACAUCAAGAUGGCGGAAAUGGAUGCACGUAAAGUAAGUGAGGUGAGUGGAGAAAAGUUUAUGGAAGUAUUACUGUGUUCGUGGGGUAUACCCCAAGUCAUUCAGACUUUCAAAGACAAAGCAAUAGAUGUUGAUUUAUUUUUACAACUAAAUGAAAAUGAGGCUAAAGAAAUAUUGAAGGACUUUGCCCUAAGAAUUCAAAUGAAAUUUUGGGAAAAAUAUGCCAAAUGGAAAGAAAAUGACAAUAUCCACGUUCAAGUAAGAAUAUUUUUUUGCAUGUUCGUCCAUUGUCCAUAUUUUAAAUUUAGUGGUUUUUUAAAUUUAGGUUCCAUCCGUCGUUUAAUAUUUAAUUUACGUUAGUUUUAAAAUGUGAAGUAAAUCGUUAUUUAAAGUCAGUUUAAAUUUAUUAGCAGAGCUUAGUUAUAAUAUCGGUAAAAGUGCCGAAUAGGGGACCCAGCUCCUACGACCUUGACCUUCAAGGUCAAGGUCAAGGUCACCCUC